AUGGUCCGAGGGGCCAUCGUAUCAAUGGUUUACAGAAAGGCGUGUACAUUAAAUCUCAAAGACGCUGAUCCCGCUGAAUCAAUUACCCUCAUGAGCGCAGAUAUUGAGCGAAUUGUUCAGGGCUGGCAAACCAUGCACGAGAUGUGGGCGAAUGUCGCAGAAAUAGCACUGGCUGUUUUCCUCUUAGAAAGAGAGCUAGGCGUUGCUUGCGUGGUUCCUGUAGGAGUAACAAUUGUGGCUUUGAUGGGAUGCUCAGUCUGUAUGCCUUUGGUAGCAGCAAGGCAAGCUAUGUGGCUUGAAGCUAUUGAAAGACGUAUUUCUGCAACCUCGUCAAUGCUAGGCUCCAUAAAAGGAAUCAAGAUGCUUGGACUUCAGUCUUUUCUCAUGAAAUUCGUUCACAAUAUGCGGAUAGAUGAGCUGAGAAUCUCAAAGAGAUUCAGGAAGCUUCUGGUUUGGAAUAUGGCUUUCGCCUGGAUAACUCGACUCUUCGGACCAAUGGCUGCAUUUGGAGCCUUCGUAGGUAUUGCGCAUAAUCGAGGCCAAGAUUCUGCGCUGGAUACUUCGACUGUCUACACCGCACUGUCCCUUUUCUCUCUUUUAGCAGAUCCACUCAUGUCACUUGUUAUGGCUAUGAUGGCUUUUGCUGGAUCUGUUGGUUCAUUUUCAAGGAUCCAAGCCUUCCUCGAGAAGGAAAGUCAUGUCGACCCAAGGGACGAAGUCCUAACACACCCUUUCAAUCCUCUGAAAUUGUCCAAACAACUCACCUUCGUUGCACAGUCUGAGAUAGCGGUCAGCGAGUCAGGCUCUUCACAGUUCUCUAAAGGCUCAGCAUCCUCUCUUUUACAUCAUAUAAUCACAGUUCAAGAUGGCUCGUUUGGGUGGAACACCGAAGAAGAACCAUCUGUGAAGAACGUAUCUAUAGCCGUCCCUUCAGGGACUUUGACAAUCCUGGUUGGGCCAUCCGGCUGUGGGAAAUCAACGCUGCUUAAAGCCAUCCUGGGAGAAGUUCCCUGUCAGGAUGGGAGUAUUCACAUAUCGACGAAGAGCGUCGCGUACUGUGAUCAGUCGCCCUGGCAUAUGAACGCGUCAAUCCGAGAAUGUAUUGUUGCUAUGUCUGCCUUCGACGAAGCAUGGUACACGUCCGUCAUAAAUGCCUGCGCGUUGACUCAGGACUUUGAGCAACUGCCCUGUGGCGACGAGACCAUCAUUGGAAGCAAAGGCAUUUCCCUGAGUGGAGGCCAAAGUCAGCGGAUUGCAAUUGCAAGAGCAGUAUACGCAAGGAGAGAGCUGGUGAUCUUCGACGAUGUUUUCAGCAGUCUUGAUUCCGAGACAGAAAAUCAUAUAUUUCAUCACUUGCUAGGAGACCACGGCCUCCUGCGCUCGUUGAAUGCGACGAUAUUAUUCGCCUCCUCCUCAGUCAAGCGAGUCCCUUUUGCAGACCAUAUAAUUGUCCUUGAAAAACAUGGAUAUGUCACCGAACAAGGCAGCUUCUCUUCUCUCAAUGCAGCCGGAGGGUAUAUUUCGAGUUUUGCGUUGAACCGAGCUGGUGUGGACACCAAAAUAAGCACAAUGCACAAAAAUGAGCCGUCUAGCGUCUCGGAAUACCCACCUCAAAGGGCCUCCGAUGUAGAGCUGGAGAGCUAUAGAGGAGAUGGCGACAUGUCGAUCUACUUAUACUAUAUACAAUCUGUUGGGUGGCUUCAAACAGUGGCUUUUGCAGUGGCAAUUACUGGCUUCGUAUUCUGCAUAUCAUUUCCCAGUAUCUGGGUGAAGUGGUGGGCGAACUCCAACGAAACCAAUCCAGGCAAGCACACAGGAUACUAUUUAGGGGUGUACGCGAUGCUUGGAGGAGUUGGAAUGCUCUGUAUUGUUGCAGGUACCUGUAUAAUGAAACAGGCAAAUGAUUCUCAGAAUGGUACCGAAGUCUGGGGAGGUUUUUCACAGAAAACUUCUGAGCACGGUUUUAAGGUGACUUGCUCUUUAUUCAGCCAAGACUUGCAGCUCAUCGACAUGGAACUCCCAGUGGCAGUGAUAAACACAUUUGCCAUCCUCGUUCUUUGCAUCUUCUCAAUGAUUUUUAUGGGCAUCGCCUCGAAAUACGCCGCAAUCUCCUUCCCCAUCGUUCUCUUGGUCAUUUACGCCAUUCAGAAAAUAUACCUUCGAACCUCGAGACAAUUACGAUUCCUAGACCUUGAGGCAAAAGCACCACUUUAUUCGCACUUUACAGACUCACUCGGUGGCUUAGCCAGUCUACGAGCAUUUGGGUGGCAGCAGGCACUACAGGAAAAGCAGUAUCAGCUUCUUGAUCGCUCUCAACGGCCGUUCUAUCUCCUCUAUGCCAUCCAACGCUGGCUCACACUCACAUUAGAUCUCGUGGUUGCUGGGAUUGCCGUAUUACUCGUUAUCCUGGUGGUCACGCUACGGGGACAGAUAAGUGCCGGCUAUGUCGGAGUUGCAUUGCUGAAUGUCAUCAUGUUCAGCCAGAGCAUCAAGCUGCUCGUGACUUUCUGGACAAAUCUUGAGACACACAUAGGUUCAAUACAGCGUGUCAGGUCGUUCACGGAGACUGUCCAAUCGGAGGAACUACCUGCAGAGCGCGAUCCAGUGCCGCCGGACUGGCCAGCCGAGGGGAGUAUCGAGUUCAAGUCUCUGGCCGCAGGAUACAGAGAAUCUGAGCCUAUUCUCAAGGAUAUAACCUUAUCCAUACAAGCAGGUGAAAAGAUAGGUAUCUGCGGCAGAACAGGAAGCGGGAAGAUCACCAUUGACGGUCUCGACCUCACUAGACUUCCUCGUGAAGAGAUUCGCGCCCGCCUGAACGGCGUCUCCCAGAGCCCCCUCCUUAUCAAAGGAAGCGUGCGACUAAACGCCAACCCAACAGCUACCACCAGUAUUGGGACCAAUACAGCAUCUGACAAUGCGAUCCUCAGUGCACUAAAGUCCGUCAACCUUCAUACGAAAGUCAUUGAAAACGGUGGACUAGACGCCGACAUCGACGACCUGCAUCUCUCGCAAGGUCAGAAGCAGCUCUUCUGCUUGGCUAGGGCAAUUCUUCGGUCAGGGAAUAUCCUUGUUUUGGACGAGGCCACCAGCAACAUUGAUUCCAAGACAGACGAGAUCAUGCAGCGCGUCAUCCGCGAAAAUUUCAGCUCUCAUACCGUCCUGACUGUUGCUCACAAGCUCGAGUCCAUUCUAGACUAUGAUAAAGUCAUUGUCCUUGAGGAUGGACGGGUUAUCGAGGCUGGGGUCCCGUAUGACCUUCUUGCCCAGGAGAACUCACAUUUUAGUAGGCUCUAUUAUGCUGGAUUGAAUUCGGAUGGCCGUGAGGAUGAAAGUUUUGAACCCCUGUGA